CAAAAAUUUCAUGUCCGACCUCUCCAAUUGACUCGAUCCACUGUACGGCGCGUCUAAUGCGCCAAAUCUACGUCAUACGGGAUAUGGUGGACUAGCAGUAUCGACUGACCUGUGAGGAUCCGUCUUGCCCCCGCCCUUGCUUCUUCUUUUUGCAAUGUUUUCAUUUUCAGUCAGUUACUUGAUGUGUCGUGUUUUUGAACUUUAUUAAUACUUUAAAAUUCUAUUCGUUUGUAUCAUGUUUUAACUUUGUGAUAAAUCAUAGCAACACAAAUAUGAGGGGGUCCACAGAAUAUGUCAUGCGGUUAUUUUGGUGGGCAAUAAUCUCGUCUCUGGGUGUUAUUUCGUUGUUGAAACUGGGCGUGUACGCUCAGUACGAGUGGCAAGCUAGGGAUGCCUUUGACGAAGUUAGGAUGCAGAUGGAUAAAGUAAAUGCCGAUAAUUGUCAAAUUCAACAUCUCUCCGAUCUCUUUCUGCCAGAGGACUCAGUCUCACAUCUUCCAGAUGUCAAGGAUUUAAAUGUUAACCCUGUUUACCCCAACCGAACAGCUCUUCUACACCUGCAUAACUUAGCUAUGAGUCGCGCAUUCUUCUUCAGUUACAUACUCCAAAGUCGGUUGAUUCGACCGGCUAGUAAUGACACGUACGAUCCUGGAAUGAUGUAUUACUUUCUUUCAACCGUGGCUGAUGUUUCUGCCAACCCGUAUGUCAACGCUAGUGCAAUUUACUUCUCUCCGAACAUGUCAUACACACCUUCAUACCGCGGAUUCUUCAACAAAACAAUGCCUAGAUUUGCUCCUCGCACUUUCAGAGCCGAUGACUUUAAUGAUCCUAUACAUCUGGAAAAGAUUUCUACCACCAACACCUUCACUGUCCGAGAUCUUGGAGCAAUUUCAAAUGAAAGUAUGAGCAUGGAUUAUACGACAGAUUUCUAUAGAAUCAACGAAUGGUAUAAACAAUGGCUGCCUGAUAAUGUCAUAGGAAGGCAUGAUACAAAAACAACUUACCAAGUGGAGAUUCGCUACGCGAACAACACAAACCAGACCUUCACCUUCCACGGGCCCCCAGGCUCUGAUGAGAAUCCAGGUCCGAUCAAAUGGACCAGACCUUACUUUGAUUGUGGUCGAUCAAAUAAGUGGCUUGUUGCAGCUGUCAGUCCAAUCGCUGAUAUUUAUCCCAGACAUACUCAGUUCAGACACAUCGAGUAUCCAACUUACACAGCUGUAUCAGUGCUGGAAAUGGAUUUUGAUCGGAUAGACAUUAAUCAAUGUCCUAAAGGACCAGGUAACAGUGGACCAAAUCAUUUCGCUGAUACUGCGCGAUGUAAGAAAGCAACAACGGAGUGUGAACCAUUCCAUGGUUAUGGUUUUCGGAGAGGAGGUUAUCAAUGCAGGUGUCUACCUAGUUUUAGGUUGCCUAAUGUUGUACGGAGACCUUAUCUUGGAGAAAUCAUUGAACGUGCAACUUCAGAACAGUUUGAAAAUUCCUUCGACUGUCUUAAAAUUGGAUGGCUACACAAGUUACCAGUUCAAUGGAAUAAAUUGGAUCCUUACUUCCGUGAAAUGUACUUGGAGCAAUAUCAUGAGUAUCUCAAUUACAGUGCCGGUGCUGAAGCUCUUCAUGACAAAAAAUUAAAUAUCGAUCAAGUAUUGAGUUUCAUCCAUGAAGUUCGUCCUGAUAAUUGCUCCCUGUACAGCACUGAACAGUUAGAGCUCACAGGUGACUAUGGAUUUGGUGCUGAAGAGCAGUUUGAAAAUGAGGCGAAAAUGGCAGUUCGUUUAUCAAAUUUCAUCAGUGCUUUCUUGCAGGUUUCUGACCCUAAAGAAGUGUACUCUGGUAAGCGUCAGCCAGAUAAACCAUUGACAGAAGAUCAGAUGUUUGCUGAAACUUUAUCAUUGGUCCUUGGUGAUAGUAAAAUAUGGGCAGCUGGAACCUAUUGGGAAAGAAACAAAUUCACAAAUCGAACUUUAUUUGCUCCUUACGCCUACAAAAAGAUUUUGAAUACAAGGAAUUUCUUCAUUGAAGAUUUGGCAAGACUCAACACCACAGAGGAGGUGUACACCAACAAACAGUGGUUCCAGAUGCUGAAACAACGGUGGUCAACAAACUUUGACUCAUUAGAAAAGUUUUAUAUGAAAAUCAAAAUCCGUUUCAAUGAAACAGGGGAGUAUUUGAAGAAAUAUGAACACUAUCCUAACUACUACAAGGCUGCCAACCUAGCACACGGAUUUUGGACCAAUCCCUACUUCGAUUGCAAAGGCAAAAUGAAAAAGUGGGUGAUCACUUAUGCAUCCCCAUUCUUUGGAUGGGACAGUUUAAAAGUCAAGUUGGAAUUUAAGGGUGUUGUUGCUGUAACGAUGGAUCUCACACAAUUAGACAUAAAUCAGUGUCCAGAUAAAUACUAUGUGCCCAAUGCAUACAAAGACACUCACAAGUGUGAUAAGAAAACUUCCUACUGCGUGCCGAUCCUGGGCCGAGGUUACUACUCCGGAGGGUACAAAUGCGAAUGUCUCCAAGGCUACGAGUACCCCUUCGAAGAUCAAUUCACCUACUAUGACGGUCAAUUGGUGGAAUCUGAAUUCAUCAACCUGGUAGCUGAUAAGCCCACAAGGUUCGAUAUGUUCAAGUGUCGCCUGGCAGGAGCUGCAAGUAUCCGAGGAGAUCUUCUUCUCAUUGUUUUCUCGUUAUCAUUUUGGGUGUUCUUCAGAAACUGAAAAGCAGUCACUCAGGGUCGACUCUAAUCAAGGUCAGAAUGAAACGCUUUCAUACAGUCAGUUCGAGAUUAUAUCCAAACCUGGAUUUACUGGACACAAGAAGUGAAGAAGAAACGUUUCUUCAAACGGCGCUAUUUCAGAGAUCAGUUUCGAAUUAGUGCUCCCUGCUAUGCCAAGAAUUGGCUUGGAUAACAUUGAGGGUCUCCGAACUACUGUCUUUUGGGAGGGAUACUUUGUUUCUAACUUCUUUGCCACACUUUGCUCCAUUUUUAAGGAAUACAUUACUUUCUCGUUCAGGCGAAUAAUGCCAGGAAACAUCUUGAGAGUUCUGGUUGAAAUCACUCACUACUAUUAUUCAGAUCUAAGGUUUUUAUUUAUAAACGAGGAGCUUGUCAAUUAAGCAUUCCUUCUGUAACGUAAGAUUUGUUCCUCAUAAAGUCUCCCAGACUAAAUUUUUGGUUGCAUUUACAAUCAGAAUCAAAUGCUUUCCUUUUUUUUGUAUUAAGCUUCAAGAAGGAUGUCAUUUUAGUUGUUUUAAAAAUAUUCGACUGUAAGCUUUCUACCCUUUAAGGGGAAUCUGUAACAGGAGAGAGGAAACAUCCAGGUAUUGAAUAUGUUUUGCUAAUCUACUCGUUUCCCUUUGAAUUUGGGAAAAAAUUACCAAUUGUAUCUACAUUGCAAACCUGAAAAUUAAGCUGAACGUAUGAAAACGCGAAAAUUGACCGUUUGAUAAAGCCGUUGACUAAGCGAAUGCAAUACUUCGCGUUUGUAUACUUACAGCUUCAUUUUAAAGUUAUCAAAAUGGAUUCUCUAGAGAAAAGCAGCUGAAGUUUGCUCCCAGGGGUAAAUUAUCUAUUUUUUGCCAAGAACUUCUAGUGAAACCAGUAAUUUAGCCAAAUAUUUUUGAUAUCUUGAAAUUUGCUCGCCGCCGUGUAGAUUCACCUCAAUUAUUGAUUUUACAAGGGAUGUAGGGCGGAGGCUCCUUCCAGUACAGCGUAAGAUGAAGUAUAAGCUGUGUUGGUCCGCCUGCAAAAUGAACGGUAGGCAAACUAUUGUGCAUCAAAGUAACUCGCACCAUUAUAUUCCCUGUUUAAGCUUGAGCAAAUGGUGACUCUCAUUAUCAGUUUGACAGGAAUGCAACGUUAGAAAAUGUCUCAAUAACAAUACGUUCUAGUUUGUAGUGUGGUCUAGGAUGACUGUUGUCGAUCGAAAAUGGUUUUCCAAACUGUAUUGGCAGCAGCUGAGAAGCUUGUCUAAUGUAUCUAUUUUGCCCAUGAAACAUGUGAUUCAAGUCCGUCCUUUUAAUGUAUAUUCCUUGAUAGCAUAGGUGUAUUGCUCAUUUCUUUGUGCUCUGCUUCCAGAAGAAGAAAAAGAAAAGAAAAGAAAAGAAAAGCAUAUCAGUACUUUUGUGCUCGAUGAUCCACUCCGUCCUUUCUUCAGUUUAUCCAAGCUUUUCUCAAAAGCGAAUCUCAUUUAUUUUUAGAAGCAUUUUUAAGUAUCCACAAAUUAGUUUUCCUCUAUUAUUUUAUUCCUUUUUGACAUUUUAAACCUUAAUCUUGACGAUGAAUAGCAAGACAUGUUGCACAAUAGUCUUAUCUAAAGAAUUGCCUCAGUUACCAUCAGAAUCCUCUUCUUUUUCAGUGGCACUAAGCAAAUAAUUUCUUGCUGUCAUCCUCUGAAAUUUGCCCUUUGAAAGUUUGAUUUUUAAUUGUCAAAUAUUUAAAAUCACAGUAAAUGAUGUGAACAUGUCCUCUUAUAAUGAAUAUAUUGAUUUUUCAAAAUUUAGAAAAUUAAGUAAAAUGUUAAAAUGAAAAUCAAAGAAAAUUAUGUUAAACCAUCAAUCUCUCACAUUGACAGAUAAUUUAUUUUUACCAUCAUGUGUUGACAAUAUCUGAAUCCGUGCUGAAGAAACGGCUGUAGAAUGGUAAAACCAAACCAUUCCCAAAUUUCAUCAAUCUUUUUAUUCAUUUUGCUUUCAAUAGCAGGGAGAACAGAAUGAAAAGCGAUAACAUCUAACAUGAUUACUGUUGGCUUAAAAAAUAUUUUUUGGGACUUUGAGUUUGAACAUGUCAAUUAUUAGCGCACAGAAGCCACUUAAAAUUUAAACCCCUUUACCCGAAAAGCACAGGUUGCAUUAAAUAGCAAUGACAUGUGACAAUUUUUGCUACUGUAUAAGGGUGUUGUGCAUGUUGUCUAUUCACUAAUUGAAGGAGCUCCUCUUGACAUUCAUUGCAAUAAAAGUGAAAUAAGUUCCAUUUUUUUUUUUGAAAAUUGCGAACUGCCUUCUCACACAUGAAAUUCAAUUUAUUGAUUUUUUAAAUCGGCAUGUUUUGACCAAAUGUUGUUUAAAGAUUUCGACUAUAUUUCAUUAAAUUACAACAUGAUUUUAAUAUUUUUGUUGCACUGUGCUACUUUGGUACUAGUGGUUUCAUGUAUGCUUAAUGCCGUAUGCAAUUUUCAAUUGUCUUUUACUAAUUUUUUAUCUUGAACAAGAACUCAGUUCUGAAAGGUAAAACUUUUCAGACUACGUGCAAUUUUCCUUUUAAAUAAUUUUACUUAGACUUACAGCAUUAAUUUUACUUAUUUAGCAUGCAGAUUUGAAUCUCUAAUGUGUCUCUAAACCUUGAAAGAAAAAAGAGAAAAAAAUUGUGUUCACCUUUACUCCUUCUUUAAACUUUUUUCAAAAUUGUGCCUCAUGGGAUAUUUUCUUUUACACAACUCAGAAUUCAGUUAUUCAUUGAACUAAAUGUUUAUUUAUCCACUUAUUAUAAAGCCUAAUUCUGUUACUACCUAUCCAUGAUAAAAUUAUUGUAACCCCAUGAAUUGUCAGAAGAUGUCUUUAUAGGCAAGAGAGGAGUUGUUUUUGUACAUUGAUAUACCUUUAGAAGAAAGCCAUCGGAAGUAUUUUUAUUGAGCCACUUUCAAUUUAAUUUUUUUUUAGAAGUUUAAUAAUCAAGAUUGAAUCUCUUAAUCAUUUUUGGCAAUAAGAUUCUUCACAGAAGUUUUGAAAUCUGACUGCCUAGCCUGCCAUUGAAUUGUAUUAAUACUUUCAAAGACUGUUAAGUUAGGUAAACUUUUUAUGUAUCCAUACCAUAAUUUUAUGCAAACAAGCACAUUAAAUUGUCUCAUCAAGGCAGAACCAUUGAUAUAGCUAGGGGCCCUGUUUUAAGAAAACUUUAAAAUUGUCAUCAUAGUUUUCUAUUCAAAUAGUAAGGAGAAUCGUAUCUCAGUUACAUUAAAGAAAUGGCCUCCAUGUUUUUGAAUAACUCAUUCCAAAGGUACAUUAAAUGUAGUUAGAUUCAUUGCUGAAAGUAAAAAAAAUAACGAAAAAUAGAGGGGAAAAAAGUAAAAUACCCCGUCAAGUGCUCUUGAGUCUGUUUUUAUACGCCCCUCCUUCACCGUUUUUUUGCUUGGUGUUGCUGUGAGUGAUUAAAAAAUGAACUGUGAUUUUUUUAUUUUAUUUUCUUCUAUUUAUUUCAUUUUUUUAUGUAUCAAAAUAUCGAAAAAAAUCUCGAAAGAGGAACCUUUGGCUUAGGCUUCAUUGAAUUAUGAGUGCAUAGUAGGUAUCUUUUUUCCAUUCCAAAAUACUUGCUUUUAGGGUGAAUCAUGCCAGGGCUGCAGUGUUUAAGUUGGUCCAUUUUCUUUUCUUUUUUUUGUAACGCACCCCUGUCAUUACAAUAUUGUUAAGUUUUUAUGAGAAUUAUUGAAUGUAAUAUUUUAUUAAAUGUAUCAUAAUUUAAAAUUCUUACCUUAUUUAAAAUGUAUUAUCAUCAUUUUGUUGAGUUUAGUGACGCUUUUUUUCGAGCUUCUCGCCUUUUGGCAUCAAUGGUUUGAAGAAAUAGUUUUGUUUAAACAAUAUGUGCAAAUUUCCAAUUUUUUAAGAACAGAGUUUUCCUUGUGCCUUGUAGCCAAACGUCCAAAAGUGCAUUAAAAAUGAAAUUAUAUUGCUUUUUCAAUGUUUUCUAGAUUUAAUUGAAGUGUCGUGUAAAUGUCUAAUGUCUGUACAUAGUCAGUGUUUCAAGCAUGUUUAACUGGGUUUAUUUUGUUUUUACAUAAGCUCAGUAUCCCUUGUUCUCAGCACUCUCAAGUAGUACACUUUGUUUUAAUUUUCAGGAUGGGCAAAAGGAAACCUCUACUUGUUGCAACUUUCUUAAUUUUGUAGUGAGAAACUCAAUUUUUCAAAACUUAAAAGAUCGUCAUUGUAAAACGUUCACAUAAUAAGGAAUUGCAAUUUGCCCUUUGAAACGUUCUCAGUUUUCAUGCUAUUUCUAGCAAUGUGUCAAAAUGAAGGGUUGUUGAUGUAAAUCGUCCACCUUUUGAUAGUAUUCCCCCUCUCUGAAUCCCCUAAUCAGAUAUGGCGCUCAAUGUUGUGAAUGACAGCUCAAUCUGGAACAGCUCAACUUAAGAAUUAAAAAAGUUACACCAGGUUGAGCGUUUCUUUUGCCAAUCUUGGAAUAUUUUAUGUAUAGUUUAUUUGUAAGAAUUUAUUGGAAAUAAAGAAUCUCAUUGUGAUAAGCACAUAUUGCCUUUAGGAUUACAACCGAAGAAACAUUGUGGAUUCAAUGAAAAUUUAACAUGUCAAGUUUUGAUAAUGUUGUUGCUUCUUCAAUGCCAUAGUGUGAUUUUUACAAAUUACUAACGCUAAGAAUGAAUUGUUAAUGGGUACUGACUUUUUCGCACCAUGAUUACUUUUGAAUUACAUUCCUGGUUAGAAUAUGUAUUUUAAAGAUAAUGAGAUCUGUAGUUGAAAAUUCAUUAUUUUGGUUUGAACUUUUACUUUAGGUAAUUUUAAGGAACAAAAUAAGUUUGCCUUCAAACGAACUAACCUGACAGCAUUUGCAUUGUGGAGGCUCUACUUUGAAAUUCGUGUCAAAUUUUGCUAAAUGAUACUUUUUAACAAGUAUACUUUUUAACAAGUGUUUACUAUCAAUUCAUUUAAACUGAAGUAAGUUUUAGGUGUUCUGUUUUAAAAAUGUUUGUUUGUCCGUCCACAGAUGACUUAUAUCAAUGAUAUGAGCUCCGCUAUGAAACAUUUCACUGAACAUCUCAAGGAUAGCUCGUGUAAGCUUAAAUGUAGAUUGAAGUGGUGACUAGGCUUCCAUCCUUGCUCUGUUGCUGGAUGGAAAAAGGGUUUCAGAAGUAAUGUGAAAAUGAUCUGUUAUAAAUAUGUGUACAAAAAUUUCCAUUUGAGGUUCUAAAAACUAGAGUUCUGUAGAACGCUGUAAAUGAAGAAACUCGUUCUUUUAAAUCCUUCUGCAGUUUAAUCUAUUGUGCAUAAUCUGCCCCCCCCCCUCCCAGAAAAAUCCCCCUCUACAUGGGGUUUCUAGCAAUCUAAGAAACCCAGAAUUGUAAAGGUAAGAAAAAAAGUGAUUUGGAAACAUAGAAAAGUCAAGGAAUUGUUGUACCGACCUAAAAAAAAAAGCAUGCACACAAGAUCUUUACCUACUAAUCUUACAGGUUUUGUACAUUUGAAUUCAUCACCACGGAGAGGGGAACUGUUGGGCCAAUAGAUAUGGGCAAAAAUUUAAAUGAGUGCAUGCUGCAUCUAUUUUAAGGUUAUGCUUAUGAGAUUUUUCUGCAGGGAAAGUCAGGGGAUGUUUUUCUUAAAGUUGCUGAAAACACUCUAUGGUUAAGAUAAAAAGCAAUGUAUCUCAGUUUAUUGAGUAUCAUUAAUAAUGUUUAGGGAUGGUCUCGUUAGCGAACCUCACUUCUGUAGUUCACAGUUGUUUGGAAAAUCCACGGUGUAAUUUGCUGUUGUGUAUUUACUUGUUUUUUUUUUUAUUGUUUCUCUUUCUCUGUUUGAAUAGACCCCAUCCAUAACAUUUUGUGAUUCAAACUUCUUUUGUUUAAAACAGACUGUGUAUUUUUAACUUACGUAAGAUCAAAAUCACCAACUCAAAAGAAUAUCUUGACCCUUUGAUACUUAAAUUAUCAAGAAGGGACCAUUAAUCGUUGUUUCUUGGAAGAUGGAACUUGUCUGCGCUGUAUCAGUAUUUUCAGGGACAUUUUAUUUUUUCAUGGGAGAACUAUCGCAUAAAUUUGACUGAAAAUUUUAAUGUCUUUUUUUACAAGUAUGCAAAAUAACCACCGGAAAUUUCAGGCAAAUUUACGCAACUGUUCUCUUUUAAAACAUUAAAAUGUCAGGAAGAAAUACUUAAAUAAUGAAAUCAUGAUACGUUCCUUUGAGCGAGAGAUGGCGAAUGACGCACACAUAAUUUUUAAUUGAUUUAAUUAGUAUUGUUAAAGACAUCAAUCUCUUCCUUCCCAUAGUUGCAAUCGAGUUAUUGAAUCUCAUUAUAUAAUACUCAAUUAUUGUCGGUAUUGGCAACAUUGUGUAAUCUCAUGUAGCUCAUUAUUUUGUUCCAGAAUUUUCUCUUAUGCCUCAGAUUAGAAAGAUUCCUCCGAGUUACAAUGCAAAAUUUAUAUCAAUCUAAAUACCUUAGGCUAAUGUGUAAUUUUCUCCACUAGUAUAUUAAAACAUGCUAAGGUAUUGCCGUGAGUGAGAGACUGCUAGUUUUUUCUUUUUUUUAUCUCGGCUCACAUGUUCGUUCAGUUUUCUGACAUUUCUCAUAAGUAUUAUUUUAUUUUGAAUUAUGAUCUUUCUCUUCUCAUCUUUUUAGUUACACUAGGAUAUCAUCAACUGAUACAAAAAUGUGCAAGCUCUGUAAUUAUUUUUUCUCGAAAAUAGAAUUACAAUUUUAUGUUACCUCUCUUUUUUUAAAAAACAAAUUAUCUUCUCAACAAUUUUCGUACACGAUUUUAACGAUCUGAUUCUUUUUGUGUCUUUUUGCAAAAUUCCUGCCAUUAUUCAUCGAUAUACUAGGAAUAUCUAGACAGUGAGAAUGCCUCUACUGAAUCUCAUAAAUUAUGGAUGCCAGAAAAAAUCCUAUCAUGUUUUUGAGUACAUCAUCCUCUUGACUGCUCGCAUAAACCUCUUUUUUUUCUUUCUUUCUUUUUUUUUUUUUUUUUUUUUUUUUUUUUUUUUUUUUUUAAACAAAACCUUGAUGAUGUUUAGCAUUGUAAUUUUUUCAUGUCACAGCCAUUGGCCUAAAAGCAAACUUUACUGUAGCAAUCUAGUAAUCACAUCGAAACUCCUCAGUUUCUGAGAUUCUGCCAGAGAACUUUUACUUCUCUGAUAGUCCUAGUAGUACUGAUUUGAUGGCAGCCUUACAUUAAUAUCUUCAUGGAAUUAAGUGCAAUUUUAUCGUGGCUAAGAGCUUGCUUUUAUCAGAACAAAUUUAAAGCCUGUCAAAGAGUCAAAACAGUAAUCAAAAUGGACAGUGCUGAAAUGUUUGCCUUAGCAUUAGUUUUAAAGGCUACUUGCAAUUAAAUAUGGAAUUCUGAAUCCAGUAUUAGGUAUUGCUAUAGGAUAAUGAAUAUUCAGUAUGUACUUGAUAUUAUUUUUGUUAAUUACUGUACCGUCCAUUGUAACUAUGUUUUUCAUGAAAAUUUUUUUCCGAACUUUAUUUUAAAUUUGUACAGAUUUUUAAAAAGCAUACAAUUUUGUACCUUUUGCAAUAAAAAUUACUUAACGCACACUGAA